AUGAACGAACUCCGGGAAGAACAAACAAAUGGACUCAGAUUAGCCUUACAAGAUGUCAAUCUCACCAUGACCUACAACCAAGCUGAGUUGGUUGUGAGAAUGGCAGGUGACACACUGGUGUUGCUGUCGGGCAUCGCCAAUAGGACUUAUUGCACCCUCACCUAUCAGAAUCACCGAGGUGGACGUGCAUAUAAAAAGCACCUACGGAGGUGCCUCGGCCUCACCAACAAUCUUACAGCAAUGAGACGCAAGCAUGUUUCUGAGUUGGCUGCAACCUACAAUUGUGCAUGGAAUGGUCUCACAGGUAUGCCAAACAGGCGAACUACUGUUCAUUUGCAGAUGAGUAUAACAAUCGAACCAGUCAGCACAAACUGCGCCCCUCACGUGACUUUGAAGGGAGGCAAUGGUGUCAUACCAGGUCGGCUGCACAUACGAGUUGAGUGCGACCAUGCCACCUCGGAUGGGAAACUGAUUUACCCCUUCAGCGCCUAUAUGUGGACAGGACGGUCCAGUGACUGUGGACAACAGCUAUCUGGACGUACGAGCCUUGUGCGGCGCGGGCAGUUUACUCCAGUUGGCGAACGAAGUCUUUGA